AUGGACUCUGAAGACAUCCUUGCAGACUCUUUUUCGAUCAUGGAGGGAACGCGGGCGGACCCAUCCGAAGCAGGGAUUGUCCGAUACGGUUCACUCACGCUGAGGGUUGCCGCCAAGGAGGGAAAGGCAAACACUCUACUCGCCGAUGCAGUUUUCUCCCCUUCACUAUUUCUUGCUGAACAGAUUCAGUUGGGAAAUGUUGAUCUGAGAGGGAAAACGGUUCUCGAGCUUGGAUCUGGAGCAGCUUUACCUCUGAUUCUGUCGGCCACGAUCGACUCGCAUCCAUUAUUAGUGAUGCUUACAGACUAUCCAGACGAAACAAUAAUUUCAAUUCUACAUCAGAACCUCGCUGCCAAUAGGGAACAACUUAGACCAGACUGUUCGAUAAGUGCUCUUGGCUACGCAUGGGGAGCAGAUGUUUCAUCUCUUCUUUCCCUAGCGCCUGAAGGAUACCAAGUUCUAAUACUAUCUGAUCUACUGCACUUUGACUCGUCUCAUCCCGACAUACUAUCGACUGUCACUAGAACACUACGACGGAGCCUAGAUUCGUGGAUUUAUCUUGCUGCGGGGGUAUACACUCACGAAUCUGUACGAGAGGCGUUUUUGAAAGCUGGUGAGGAAGCUGGGUUAGAUUGGACACCUAUAGAAAAUGAUGGAAUCUGGAGGGGAGAAAGGCGGGUCAUGUCUGAUGGUGAGGUUUGGACCCAAGAGGAUUUGAAUGCGAGAAAGGCGAAUGUUGUUGCGUGGAUUGGGAGGUGGAAGUGA